AUGAAGCGCAUUGAAAUCACCGCACCUGGUGUCGUAUCAUGGGUCGAUAUCCCUACACCCGUAGCAGGCCCCAAAGACGUUCUUCUCAAAAUCAAAGCCUGCGGUAUCUGCGGAUCCGACAACUUAUACAUUGAUCACGGCGGCAUCCCGCCGUACCAGGGAUGCACUCCCCUCGGCCACGAACCAGCAGGAGAGGUGGCAGAAAUUGGAAAGCAGAUUGAGUCACCCGACAUUGAGGUCGGCGAUCACGUUGUGGUAGACACGAUGGUAUUCACGGACGGCCUCCUCGGCUCGGGCGGCGCGCAAGGUGCGCUGUGCGACUACGUCGUCAUCCACAACUACGAACCUCGGAAGCACCUAAAGAAGAUCCCAAAGAGCAUACCCUGGCACAUUGCAGCGCUCAACGAGCCCAUGGCGGUCGCCCUGCACGCCGUCAACAGGACGAGCCCGAAACCGGGCUGCAAGGUUGUGGUCUUUGGCGCGGGGCCGAUUGGUUUGGGCGCGGUUUUGGGGUAUCGUAGAAAGGGGGCGAGCCAUAUCGUCGUCGUGGACGUGGUCAACUCGAGGCUCGAAAAGGCGCUCAAAGUCGGCGCCGACGCCGUCAUCAACUCGGACGAGGCCGAAGACUUGGCUGCGAAGCUCGUCGAGUUGCAAGGGGACGGGGCGACGGCGCAGAAGCGAGGCACGCGUCCUGAUAGCGACAUCUUUCUCGACGCCGCCGGUGCGCCACCGGUGCCUGCGCAAGUGUGCAAGAUGGCGAAGCGCGGGGCUACGUUUGGGGUGGUUGGAAUCCACAGGAAGCCGACGGAGUUGAACUUUGCCCAUUUGAUUUCAACCGAGUUGACCAUCGUCUUCAGCGUGGGCUAUCCGACAGAGAUUUUGGAGGUCACGGAUGAUAUCAUCGAUAAUUGGGACAAGUAUGCGGAGAUUGUCAGUGACCAGAUUCCGUUUGAAAGGGCAAUAGAAGCGUUGGAGUUGGCCAAGUCAGGCAAGGCAAACAAGGUUGUUGUGGUUUUCGACUAA